GUGAGACUCAAAUAGUAACAUUUAGGAUUAAAAUAAAUAAAAAAAAGCAAAUUUACCGUAUGGCUUCAUUGAUGAAUGAUGAUUAAUUCUCUUAAUAAUAGGCUGGAACCCUCAAUCAAACACUACCUGAGAAAUGUCUACGCCAGUUUAGUCAUGUCCAAUCUGGCUGCUGCUGUUGGAGCCUCUAUCCAUCUAUUCACAAACAUUUCAUCAGCAGGCGGAUCUGUACUUUUGGUACUUUCCACAAUAGCGGAAAUGCUAUUAUUUUUCGUAUUGAUACUAUCUCCAGACCACGAUGGCAUAUCUACAGCCAAAAGACUAGGAUAUCUUCUGGGCUUUUCUAUUUUGAGUGGAUUUAACUUGGGCCCCUUGCUUCGAGCAGCUCUAAUGAUUGACCCGAGCAUCCUGGUUAACGCCUUUCUAGCUGCCAGCGGAGUCUUUUUCUCAUUCACUAUCUGCGCCUUAUUCUCUGAAACAGGAGAAUGGAUGUUUUUAGGAGGAGUUUUAAUUACUUUCUGGGAAGCCCUGAUAGUUGUGAGCCUUGCCAAUAUCAUUUUCGGUUCAACUUUAUUGUGGGAAGUUGACGUUUAUUUGAAACUUUUCAUCUUGUGUGCCUUUAUUUUGUAUGAAACACAGGCUAUAAUCGAGCAGAGGAGAAUGGGAAACAAGGACGUUGCAGCACACUCUUUGUAUUUGUUUGUUAGUGUGUUUGGUAUUUUCAGGAACAUACUUAUAAUUUUGAAUCAGGAGACCACUCAAGCAAUCAGAAGGACAAACACAGAAGGAAGCGAAGAGAAUAAUUGAUAGCUGAAGACAGUUUUUUCAGGUAGUAGAUUACGUCCUGCAUACCUGUAUUAUACCAAUUAAACCUGAAAUAUCUUUGUAUGCUGCGAAAUAAAAUUUCAUGUGACAAUGAAACUUCA